AUGAACAUGAACAGCCCCACCGAGAAAGGCGAUAAAGGCGGCGCUGUGGCCAAAACCCAAGCGACCAAGGCACCCAAGCGGGCUAACCGGGAUGGGAAGUCCAUUGGUGCCCUCAUUGAGGCCGGCAUGCUGGAGGAUGCUUUCAAUGAGGCCCAGUGUGGCAACUGUGACAGGCUCCGCAAGACCACCUACAUUUGGGGUCUCGCCUUCUGGUUCAUGGUCUUUUUCUAUUUGAUUAUCGGCGUUGCAGCUGUCACUCUAGUUCAUGCCAACCAGAUUGAUGCUGGUGGUUCUGAUGCUGGCGGCUCUCUCCAGCUUGUUGCCCGUGGUUUGGAGGUCGACACCACCACCUCUGUUAUGGACUCUGCCUGUUCUCUCUCUAGCACCACUUCCUACCCAGCUCCAUCGGCCGCAUUUGUCGCUGCCACCGUUGACGGCACCAUUGCUACCGGUGGUGUGACAGUCACUCCGAUCACCGCCCAGGCUAACUCCGAGGGAUCAGUCUGCCCUAGUGCUGAGACCGUCACCGUCACCGUCACCACCCUGACGGACAACGAUGCUGUAACCGCAGGUGCAGGCGGCGCUCCUCCCCAGAGCAGCGAGGGCAGCACCAGCAGCAGCAGCAGCGUCUUGGCAACAAUCACCAUGACAGAGGCCUACACCGUCACCAACACCGUGACGGUGGGCACCAUGACCACCUCCUCCCCGGAGACGGAUUCCACCACCACCCAGGUCUCAACCCCCACCUCCACUGACCUGGUCACGACCCACGUCACCUCGACCACCACGCAGUUCAUCACCAUGCUCAACUCCACGGGCACCACCACCACCACCACCACCGUGGACCCGCGCACCGCCGGCACCCCGGGCGAUGGCGACAGCAACACGCCCUCGCUGAUCUCCACGCUCGGCAGCAUGGUCAUCGGCACCAGCAUGCUCGGCACAGGCACAGGCACAGGCACAGCCUACCUACAGCCCUCCAGCAACGGCAGCCUGACCUACAGCGUGCCGACCGUGUCGCCGAGCCAGGUGCUGCCCAGCGUGGUCAGCAGCUCGGGCUCGUCGACCAGCCCCUUCAGCCCCUUCAGCCCCUUCAGCCUCGCCAUUCGCGGUACUGGUGGUGGUGGUGGUGGGGGUGAGGGUGCUGGUAAGCGCGACCAGAGCGGUGGCAAGAGCGGGUUCUACUGCAUUGUCAUGGCGGUGGCUUGCGCGGCUGCGGUGCUGGUUUAG